AUGUUUAUCCUCUUCACCGUGGAAAGUAAGUUCCGGAAAAUGCAACGAGUGACAGCUCUGAUUCUACGAUUCAUCAACCAUAUUCGUCCAAAUGGACAGAGGCAACAUCGAUACGGUCCGUUUUCAAUCGAAGAACUUGAACAAGCUACUCUGGCGCUUGCAAGUAGUGUCCAGAAAGAAGCUUUCCCAGUUGAUUUCCAUCGUUUGUCCGUUGGUCAAGAAUUGCAUCGGAAGAGUAAGCUGAUUCCAUUCAAUGUUUUCCUCGACACUUCGAGGUUCACGGUACUUAGAGUUGGCGGAAGGAUCCGUCAUGCUGCACUGCCCGUUUGUCAGAAGCAUCCAAUCGUACUUCCAUCGGAUCAUCCAUUUACGCAUGCGUUGAUUUACGAGGAACUGAUUCACGCUCCACCACAAAUGCUUUUAAGUGCUCUCCGACGACGAUUCUGGGUAUUGCAUGGGCGCAGUGUUGUUCGCAAAAUCAUCCGUAGAUGUGUUAUUUGCUUCCGAGCGAAGCCAAUAUUGAUGCAACAAAAGAUGGGCGAUCUUCCGAGAUCGCGUUUAGAGGUAGUUUAUCCCUUUCUUAACACGGGUGUGGACUUUUGCGGCCCAAUGUACAUCCGCCAGCACAACAAGCGAUCAACGGUUACAUACAAAGCAUACGUAGCACUUUUUGUCUGCUUUGCGACAAAGGCGAUUCAUAUGGAGUUAGUCGGCGAUUUGACUGCAGAUGCCUUCAUUGCAGCACUUCAGCGCUUCGUUGCAAGGAGAGGUAAAUGUGCCAGAUUAUUUUCAGAUAAUGGCCUUAAUUUUGUAGGCAGCAAAAAUAAGCUGAAGGAGCUGCACGACCUGUUCCAAACCCAGAAGAUGAAGGCACUACGAGAUGAUUGGUGCGAAAAAUCAGCAAUUGAGUGGCAUCUCAUUCCUCCACGCUCACCACAUUUCGGUGGUUUAUGGGAGGCUGGAGUCCGUUCAGCGAAGUACCAUCUGAAGCGCAUCACUGGAACGGCGAACAUGAACUUCGAGCAAUACACCACCGUACUUACUCGCAUUGAAGCCAUUCUCAACUCGAGACCAAUAUCACCUAUAUCUGAGGACCCGAGUGACUUAAACCCGCUCACCCCUGGCCACUUCCUGGUGGGACAUCCGUUGACUGACAUCGCCGAACCGGACAUAAGCGACCGCAAGGAGAGCAAACUGGCACGAUGGCAACGUCAUACACUGAUGGUCCAACAUUUUUGGGCCAGAUGGUCACAGGAUUAUAUCACGACAUUGCAAAACCGCAACAAAUGGCAUGAACGCUUGCCAGUAACCCCAGGACAGUUGGUAAUUGUCCGUGAGGAUAACGUACCCACAAUGCAGUGGAGACUGGGAAGGAUCCAAGAUGUCAUUCCAGGCCAGGACGGUCUCGUGCGUGUGGCGAAUUUACGUAUGGGUAACAAGGUGAUCCGUCGACCGGUUACUAAACUGUGCCUGUUACCGAUAGAGGGCAACUGUGAACAACCAGAUGAGCAUCUGAAUCAUUCGACCGACCAGUUGGAGGAUUGA